AGCGCAAGCCUGGCCGCGUUGUUAGGGCCCGAGGAGCAACAGGACAGCAUCCACAAUUUCCCAGACCGAUCCAGAUCUUGCUUGACUCUAGAUAGAGCUAUUUAUUGAGUGUUUUUUGAACAAUAUAAUAGUGAAGAGAGUUUCUUCAAAAAGAAAAAUAUAAUGCUUAACUGCCUUAACUACAUUAUUGUGGCGCCAGCACGUUUCGACUCAGUCAUCGACCAUCUUCGGGUCAAUUUUCCAGACGAGCCCCUCAAUGCUUCAGUAGGCCUGUGCCUGCACGGGACACCUUGUCCUUUACUGGAACACCACGAUAUGAAAACUAUGGAAGACGGGUAUUCUUUAAUGGCAAUCGAUAAGGAAAAUGAUAAGAUUGCAGGUGUAGCUCUAAACGGCGUAUCCCAUAAAGGAGACACCGAAAAGGCCGUAGAAGAAAUGAAAGACAUCGACAAUUUGCAAUAUCGACGAAUCUUUGGGCUCCUAAACGAGGCCAACUUGGAGCUGGACUUAUUUACAAAGUACAACGUAGACAAGAUUUUUGAAGUCAGAAUCUUAUCAGUGGAUUCUGGAUAUAGAGGCAAAGGCAUUGCCAAGGAGUUGUUUGUCCAAAGUGAAGCUGUUGCUAGAAAACAUGGAUUCAAAGUGAUGAAAACCGAUGCAACGAGUCUUUUUACCCAAAAAGUAGCCGAAAGUCAAGGCUUUUGGGUGGAAAAAACAUUGAAUUAUCACGAUUUCAAAGACGAAAAUGGCCAGAAAAUUUACGACACUAGACCACCUCAUUUGUAUUACAAAGUAAUGGCCAAAUUACUAGAGUAAAAACAAGGACAAUACUGGAAUGUUAAUACUGCCACUGCCAUGCAGAAUUAUACAUUUUUGAUGAAUCGAAGUCUUUAUUACAGAGGAACUACUAGACACUUUAUUGAAUGUUAGUUUUCUAUAUAAGGCAAAAAAAGGGUGUAAUUUUUGAUAUUCAAAGUACCUACUUAUACAGACGUGUAAUAAAUAUUUUUCGCUAGU